UUCCGCGUGUGUCCAACUAGUUGAUUAACGGGUUUCAAGCACAAGACUACACACCAUCAAACAGUUUCGGCUGAAACGACAACAAUGGAAGAUGGCGAAUUUCAAAAUAUCUAAAGAGUCAACAAACGCUGGAGUUGGAAAAACAGGUUUUUACGACACGAUCUCACAAGGAUUUCUCUGAGUCGUCGGCUCAACUAAAUCAAAAGACACGUUUACAAAGUGACCACGCCCAAUUAGGUUUACGUCAUGGUGGGAGCUGACUUUGAAUUCAACUAAUACGUAAGCAGCAACGUCAACACGAUACUUACUGACCACGUGGAAGAAGUACAAGCCAGCUAAAGUCAAAGACCAGCUUUGACAACGAGCUUCGACAGCUUGUCAAGUAUUGGCUUGCGAGGGCCCUUCGGUCGGGCCUAGCAACCGUAAAGAAACAGAAAACAACAAACGUCGUCACGCUUCAACAUUUUGAUUGCAGAUAAGUAUGAUGCACCUAAUUUUUUAUAAUCAUGUGCGUUUUUAGCGCGUUCUAUACAUUGUAUACAAUUCUCGCGUGUAGGUUACUUUCUUAGGGGCCUGUUAUUGUGCAAAUUUGCUCUGGGGGCUAUAAGUUAAAAUCCUGUGAAUUGCAUGGGUCAUGCACUAAGCGUUUGGGUCAUCUUCUGUUGGGAAGCCGUAAUUUUACAGGUUUUUUAUCUGUAUAAUAUAGAAUUGUAUGCAAGAAACAAUAUCAUAUUUCUAAGGGCUUUGCAUUGCUGAAAACGGCAAGUCUUGCUUUACUUGUUUUGUCAGUGGGUUGAAUGGAAAUGACCAACUCAGAAAUCAUACCUAGGCUGCACUUGAGCCCUGAAACAGGUUGUAUAUACUGUUUGCACAUACGGUAUGUAGGUAACCGACAGAUACUGCCAGCGACAGACACUAGGGGCUAGCGACAGACAGUGAGGGCCAGCGACAGACAGUGGGGCCAGAAGUUUUUAGCAAGCAUAUUAUGCAGGGGUCACAUAUCAAACUAUGCGGACCUUGGCAAAUUUUGCCAGCUUCUCCCCCACCCCCCGACACUUAAUAAUGAUCGGCCCCUUACCUACUAAUUGUUAAAAUUAUAUACACACAGCAAUUAGAGCACUGCUGCUACAUUUCGUAACAGUUUCAACAGUCAAAAUUUAGCUUGGCAAACAACUAUAGUAAAUAUAUGAUUUAUUUCUGUUGCACCUAAGUAAAAGGCUACUGUUCCGUCUUAAAGCAAGGCAUAUGACAGCUAACACAAUAUACAAAAUAUAAAAGCAAGGGCGUAGCGUGACCUCUAACUAGGAAAGGGGGAAAACUUGACGAUGCUACUGGACACGCCUACUUUUAUUGGUGACUGCUAUGGUAGAAUCAGGCAGAUCCAGACUGGAAAAAGAUGGUGUACAGCUUUGGUCCUCACACGCAUUGACAGUCCACAAUUCUUAUGACCAUGCACGUGUACAAAUGAUGGGGCUAUAGCCUGGUCUAGCUCAUGCCAUGCUACGCCCUUGGUGUCACAAGCUAAAGACGACAUAAUAUGCCCUUGUUACAGAAAUGCCACUGAGUUUGUUCACGAUCAUAGUACCAAGUCUUUUGCUUUAUACAACAGUUGCCAAGCUGUCGACUAAUGAUAAUCUCAAUAUGUCCUCCAUAUCUACUCGCUACAUUGCGAAUGUAGACCAUUUUGUCCACUUGUACUGUGACUCACGAUAUGAGAUCUCUCCUACAAGCGUAACGUUCUACGUUAACAACACGGAAAUACGCGAUGGUGAUCAUACUUACCAAGUCAGGAGCAAAGGAUCAUACUCCGUAAUGUUGGUAAUCAGCGAUCCCAAAUUAUGGAACACUGGACAAUACCACUGUACUUCCAAAAACAACGAUACAAGCAACACUCUGGAAAUUACAAUAAAAUUGGCUCCAAGGGACGUGAGUGUUACUGUCAAGCUUUGCGAGCGCAGUCCAGGUGUUCUGGAGUGCCCACGUGUGGACUCGGUGAGUUAUGAAAGAUGGAAAGAUCCGUCAAGACACAACAUUCGAAACAACUCGAGAGUUACAGUAACAGGAAACAUAGUACACAUUCACCAGGUUAGGAAACUGGACGAAGGUAGAUUUACAAAUGUUCAAUUUUCAACUCAGCACGGGAAAAUUCAGUGCACAAUUAAUGUCACAGUAAUGGCUCAGGAGUUCUGCAUUCCAAAGUCUCCAUUCUUCUUCACAAUACCAGCAAGUCCUUUACAAGAUAUGGAGAUAUGCGAUCACUUGGAGUGGCCUCGAAUAAUUCACCAACUGUUUUCAAUUCAGAGUUACGAGCUUGCCUGUCUGAAAAAUGAUGGAAAAUGGCAGAAUUAUACUCUAUCACACACCGCCUCAUCAUUUGACGAUCUGCCACCUGACUCUGAUGGCUACGGAUGCUGUCUAAUAGCCGUUAACGAGCACGGACAGAGUCCGUGUAAUACGUUUGUCCAUGUGAGUUGCCUUUCAAAAAAACAACGUUUAUCGCCUUCUACACGAUCACCAACUACAGCUCAAAUUGGCGUAAUGACCAGCAGUGUCAAGGUAUCUUCUAGAUCAGUUGCUUCUUUCAACUCUAAGACAACUGACAUUUCACAGACAUCAUUAGACACGAAACCCACUAAUACAGCUGCGAGUUCUUCUUUAGACCAAAAGACACCUUACAGUACCUCUUCCAGUUCCAAGGGUUUCCUAGCAACGAGUUUACAAAUCAUUUCUACUGAAUCUACAUCUGAAAAUGUAAAAGGCAAUAGUAGUCAAGCUACAGAUGUUGGGUUUUCAGGCGAUGAGAGUAGCCAUCUAGUGGUUAUCGCCGUCGUACUAAAAGGAGUAAUAGCACUUGCAAUUGUUAUCGGAUAUGUUCUCCGACAUUGUCGUUCCCGUUUCCGUAGACAGAAACCGGUGUUGUCUUCACCUCAUGAAGAAAGAGACCUACACAUUCAAACAGCAGAAGAUACUCAGGCGAGCACAGAAGAAAUUGUCAACGAGUCUUGGGAAUCAGAAGUCCAUCAACAAACAGAACCGAAAGAUGACCCGAAAUAUCAGGGCCAGAUUGAAUCGCUCAACUACAGAGUGACAGCCUUAGAGAAGGCAAAAAAAGUGGAUGAAGGUGUCGCAAUGGAAGCACUCGAUGCAACGUUGGACUCCUAAUUUGCUACAGCUCCUCUAGCUAGCCCACUCUAAAAAUGUGUGCAACUGCCAGCUUGCACCACCGUCAACGGUAUAUAUAUACUGUUGUUAAUAGAAGGGCAAGAAGAAGGUGCUUGAACACAAAGAUAUCAUAGUUAUGGAAUGGGAUGUUGAGAUGUAUUGUAUACAUACUACUAGUCUAUUAUUACAAGACAGCAAUUUUGCAAUUUAA